ACCUCUGCCAUCUCUUCCAUCUUUACCUUAGAAUUGUCCGUUGCCACACUUUCAAACGAAUCAUUCGCUCCUUGACUGGUGUCUUCUCGGCAGGAAUGGGAUUUUGUCGCAGGUGUGGAGAUAUUGUCGUUGGUUCGCGCUGCAAAUGUGGUGGCACUGCCGUCGCGCCUGUCAUACAAUGGUCAUCUUCGAAGGGAAAGACUAUUGACAAGUGGUCUCGAAUCUACGUUUCACGGGAAAAGUCACCCGCGCGACCUCCGAUACAGUUAAGCUCCACAUCCUCAACAACCGUAGAACUUCCCGACGACGAGCCAAAGCCCCCUCUAUCGAAUAGAGGCACAGGUUCCUACCACACCGUCACAACGGGGUCUUCCUCUGGAAUGCCGACCGCAGCCCAGCCUUCAUUCUCUUCCGUAGACCCGCAUUCUACAUGUGUUGUUAGCGUCCCCAACGAACCUGAACUGCUGAAAGCAUAUGGAUCGGUCCUUCAACCAAAGGAGACCCUUGCCACCUUUUCUUGCGCGAUAUGGUCGAAAGGCGAUUGCAUAGCUUGUGGUCGACCAGUUCUGAUUCUCAGGGGCGAAGGUGGAUUCGUGGAAGCGAACAACAACGUUUGGCACAAGCGUUGCUUCCGUUGCAAAGGUUGCCAGAAGGAUAUUGGAGAUACCCCCGUGGUAGAUUUGCUGGGUCAACCCACCUGCGCUGACUGUUUUGGUAGCCAUCUUCGAAGAAACAGUACCCCUAGAAAGUCUAUCGAAUCCCCCAGCUUUGAAAGAGGUCAGAGGAAGCCGCCUUCCACUUCUCAGGUAGGCAUGACAAGUUGCCAGGGCAGUCCUAACGUGGACAUAUUGGAGCUGAGGUCGGGUAUCGCGAAGCGCAGAGAGGACAGCCCCGCUUUGGAAGAACUCACCCAAAAGCUAAACGCUGUACUCAAUCGAACAAGAGAGGAUUCCCCUACACCGGCUACCUCUCGGUCGCAUAAAUCACCACCCAGUAGCCAUGAUAAUAGCCCUCUCGUGCCGCGCUUACAGGAAAGGCACAGAUUCAACUCGCCUUCCUACCUAUCUUUCCGGGAGGGUGACGAUUCAGCGGUUAACGUCGAACGACUUGGUUCUACUCCGACUCGGCCAGUGCGUCAGCGGUUUGGGACUCCUGACGGGAAGGAUAGCCCUUCGUCGGGAAGACCCUCACUUGAUGCUGUAGAAGAAAUGAAAAGGCGCUUUAUGAACCAAGCCGACUCUGUCUCCUCAACCGACAAUUCCUCCCACUCUCCGAUGUCGACCCGUGCCAAUUUGACGCCGUCAAGGAUUCCUAGGAUGACAUCCUCGGCAGGUGAUUCGCAUGCACUCCGCCAUGUUGCCAGUACUUCAAGCUUGCGAUCCGCAAGGAUAUCAUGGACACCCUCCACCCCCGAUUUAGUGCCCGAUAUUUCUGACACAAUGACGCAGUCAUCGGCACCCUCGUCACCUCCGGCAUUUUGUCCCAGAGUUCGUUCCAACGACAACUGUGGAGUUGAAAGCAAGGAAAUUACGACUAUCACACACGUGCUGCAGGAUCGCCCAAAUUUGGUUGGGACAGCGACGCCGACACAGAAGGAUUCACCGAGAAGGCUUUCAAUCCCUGCAGCCACCCUUUCUCCUGGGUCACUGUGUGCGAAAUGCGGUGGUUCCUUGUUCGCAAGUGGGGGGACUGGUCGUUUCGUCACGGUACCGGAACUCAAUGCCAACGGACCUGCGAAGACGUAUCAUACGGAAUGUUUUCGAUGUGUGAUAUGCGAUGGUCCUUUCAAGGAGUUGCCUAAUGGCAAGGCAGUGUUUGUACGUAAUGAGGGAGGGAGCUGUCAUCUGGAGUGUGCUCCACCUGAGCAAGUGCAAUCAAAUUCUACCAUUCUCUCGAGUCCUAUUAAGUCCGUUUUCACGGACUCACCAGUUAGAGCAUCGUCACCGUCGGCGCCUGCUACAAAUACCGCUUUGACAUCUACAGGAGCCACUCUCUACAGCAAAUCUCAAACACAGGAGAGAAGCUCUCCAACUGUGCAUAGUAGCCCUUCCAUUUCAUCGCGCUAUGAGCGAACCCUAUCGUCAACCCCGACGGCCCCAGCUCAAGCUGCGCGAUUCGGCAGUUCAACCACCUGUCCCAGUUGUCUCAAGGCGGUAUCUCUCAUGGAGUUUGGGGUUGUUCCCGGGCCUCAAGGGACCAGAUGGCAUGCCUCCUGCCUGGUGUGUGGGGGUAAAAAGACGAACAAAAUUCGAAGGGAUAAGUCGCAGCCUGGGUGUGGAAAGAGACUUGACUCCGCUGCGAAACGGGACGCAGACGGGGGUGUUUGGUGCAGGGAAUGUCUUCUUCUGCUUCCUACGCGGAUGAGAAAUCCUACUGAAGAGAAACCUCUGGUCAUGUCAUUUACUGGCCGAAGCACAAGUAGCGGCCCUUUCUCCAAGAGUGUCACUCCUCAGUUCACAGGGUCGACGACGAUUGCUCGACAAUUCACUGGGAUGCGGAGUGCAGAUGCAGCGAUGAUGAGACAAUUAACUGGAGGGGGACUCAGCCCGACCAGACAACUUGCAGGAAGCCCAACAAAGCAACUUGGACUCUCAACUCCACGUCCACGACCAAAAAGUGUAAUAGGUAUCAGAAGUGGGAAGAGUGUGGAUGAGGGCAGGGGAAUGUUCCUAGUGAGACAAAUGACUGGUGGAGGUUCCGUUAGAGUGUAAGAGGCGUAUCAUAGCGUCGUUCAUACUGGCACAUUGACGAAUGUUUUCUUGGAAUCAACUUGGAACCUGUUCAUGAG